AUGAAAUUGGAUAUUAAGAAGACUUUCAGUAAUAGAUCCGAUAGAAUCAAGGGCAUUGAUUUCCACCCUUCGGAACCAUGGGUUUUGACUACUUUGUACUCGGGUCGCGUUGAAAUUUGGAAUUACGAGAGUCAGACAGAGGUUAGAUCAAUUACUGUUGCGGAAGCUCCCGUGAGAGCUGGUAGAUUUAUCGCCAGAAGGAAUUGGAUUGUUGUGGGGAGUGAUGAUUUCAGAAUCAGAGUGUUUAACUAUAAUACGGGGGAAAAAGUGGUCGAUUUCGAGGCGCACCCUGAUUAUAUCCGUUCUAUCGCAGUUCAUCCAACAAAACCAUACUUGCUCUCAGGCAGUGAUGAUCUUACAGUCAAAUUGUGGAAUUGGGAGAAAAAUUGGGCAUUGGAACAGACUUUUGAAGGCCAUGAGCAUUUCGUGAUGUGUGUGGCUUUCAACCCUAAGGACCCAAGCACUUUUGCUUCGGGCUGUUUAGAUAGCACAGUUAAAGUUUGGUCGUUGGGUCAGCCGACUCCCAACUACACUUUGACUACGGGUCAGGAAAAAGGUGUUAAUUACGUUGAUUACUAUCCACUACCAGAUAAGCCAUACUUGAUCACUUCUUCAGAUGAUCUGACGGUCAAGAUCUGGGACUACCAAACCAAGUCCUGUGUAGCCACAUUGGAAGGCCAUAUGUCCAAUGUUUCCUUCGCUGUUUUCCAUCCUACAUUGCCCGUUAUCAUAUCCGGUUCUGAGGAUGGUACCUUAAAGAUUUGGAACUCCUCCACUUACAAAUUGGAGAAGACACUUAAUUUGGGUCUGGAGAGAAGUUGGUGUAUUGCUACCCAUCCAGCGGGUAAAAAGAACUACAUUGCUUCCGGUUUCGAUAAUGGUUUCACCGUGCUUGCUUUAGGGAACGACGUUCCAACUUUAUCUUUGGACCCAGUUGGUAAACUUGUAUGGGCCGGUGGCAAGAAUGCUGCUGCAUCUGAUAUUUUUUCUGCCGUGAUCAGGGGCAAUGAAGAGGUUGAGGAGAAUGAGCCUUUGGCAUUACAAACCAAAGAAUUGGGUUCUGUCGAUGUGUUCCCACAAACUUUAGUCCACUCACCAAAUGGUAGAUUUGUUGCUGUUGUAGGUGACGGUGAGUACGUCAUUUACACCGCUUUGGCCUGGAGGAACAAAUCAUUUGGUAAAUGUCAUGAUUUUGUUUGGGGACCAGACUCCAACAGCUAUGCCAUUGUCAGCGAAACUGGUCAAGUGAAGUAUUACAAGAAUUUCAAAGAAGUUACGUCAUGGUCGAUCCCAUUGACUUACGGUGUUGACAAGCUCUUCUCCGGUGCAUUACUAGGUGCGAAAUCUGAUGGAUUUAUAUAUUUCUUCGAUUGGGAAAGUGGUAAUUUGGUCAGAAGGAUUGACGUCAAUGCUCGUAAUGUUGUCUGGUCCGAUAACGGAGAGCUGGUUAUGAUCAUCAACACUGAAGACGAACGCGGUGAUGAAGCUAGCGCUUACUCACUAGCUUACAGCCGUGCGCUUUAUGAAGACGCUCUUGCACAAGGCAACGUUGAUGAGGAGGAUGGAGCAGAAGAGGCAUUCGAAGUUCUUUAUGAGUUGAAAGAGCCAAUCGCUUCAGGUAAGUGGGUUGGCGAUGUUUUCAUCUUCACAACCACGACGAAUAGACUGAAUUACUUUGUCGGAGGCAAGACUUACAACUUGACACAUUUCUCCAAGGAAAUGUAUCUAUUAGGUUACCUUGCGAGAGACAACAAAGUUUACUUAGCAGAUAGGGAGACCCACAUUUAUGGUUAUGUCAUUUCCUUAGAAGUGCUGGAAUUUCAAACUCUUACAUUAAGAGGAGAAUUAGAAGAAGCUAUGGAAAGCAUACUUCCAAACAUAGAAGAUAGAGAAACUCUGUUGAAGAUUUCGAGGUUUUUGGAAGGGCAAGAAUACUAUGAGGAAGCACUUAAUGUGUCUCCAGACAAAGACCAGCAAUUUGAUCUUGCUCUAAAAGUUGGCCAACUAUCACUUGCUCAAGAUAUUUUGACGGAGGAGGAUAGCGACUUAAAAUGGAGGUCACUUGGAGACGCCUCGCUGGAGAGGUUCGAUUUCAAGUGCGCAAUCAACGCUUAUACAAAGGCUCAUGAUCUAGAAUCUUUGUUACUACUGCAUUCCUCAUUCAACGACAAGGAAGCACUCUUGACUUUGGCCAAAGAAGCUGAGACACAGGGCAAGUACAAUCUUUCCUUUAAAGCAUCUUGGUUGGCAGGUGACAUCGACAGCGCAAAAGACUUGCUCGUCAAGAAUCAAAGAUUCUCAGAAGCUGCCAUCUUCGGUGUCACAUACGGUAUUAAGAAAGAUGAUGUGAAUGAGGUCGUUGAAUUAUGGAAAAAGAAUUUGAACGACGAAGGCAAAGCAUCUAUCGCGGAAAGGGUUUGCCCCGUCGAAUUAGCCACCGAAAAUGAUGCUCCUCUAAUUGAUCUCGACACGAAGAAUAAAGAGGACUCUUCAAUCGAAAAAAGCGAAGUAAUAGAAGAAAAGGAAGAACAAUCUGAGGAACCAAGCAACGCCGAGACAACUGCUCAAGUCAAUGGCUCCGAUGAAGCUGAAAAGGACAAGAAGCCUCAAGAAGAAGAUACUGAGAAGAAGCCAGAGUCUGCAUAG